AUGACAUUAUUAAAUAGAGAAUAUGAAAGAUUAAAAAGAAUAUGGAGAAUAAUUUGGAAAUCAUAUUUUAUAAGACAAAGUAUUGUUUUGUUCCAAGUCAUACUAUUAAUGUAUUUAAUUAGUCAAGCGGUUAACAAAUUUCAAAUGUUAGAUAAUAAAACAACCAUUAAAGAUUUCAGCAAUUCAGAAUGCAAAAUUAAAAAUAAUUUAGAAGCAAACCCAGAUUGUUUCAAAGUAGGAUAUGAUUUUAAAAAAGUGUUGUUCUUCUAUAAUGAUGGUUUAGCAAGAGAUUUAUCAAAUGAUUUAGUACAGUUAUUUAAAGACAAUGGUAAUAUAUUCAGAAUUCAAAAUGAAGGUUUUCCAGCAUCAUAUGCUGUAUUCUCUAGUUAUAUUACUGGUAAUCCACCAACUAAUUUUAUGGGUGCCCCAAUUUUAUCAGAUAAUUUAAUAUAUCAACUCGCAAGUAAUGACAUACCUAUAGCUUACUAUGGCACCCGUAUGCCUGCUUAUGACGUUCUCGAAAAAGGUAAAUACUUUGAAAGAGUUAAGCUCGAAUAUGUUUCUAAAGAUAACACAAAACUAUAUACAAAUUUAUUCGAAUGUGGUGGUACUGCAGAAACUUGUUCAAAAAAAUUCUUAAAUGAUUUAAAAGAAGAUGGACUAAGUUCAUUUUUUUCAGGUGAUAUUAUUGAUGAAAGAAACCAUCAUACAGGUGAUAAACAUGACAAAGUUACAUUAGAAAUUAUAAAGAAUUGGAUAAAGAAUAUGAGAUACAUCAAAGAAUGGGUAGAUGAAAACCCAGAGUAUCUAUUGGUUAUAUUCAGUGACCACGGUGGUAAAUUAACAUCAGAAACAGCAGCCCAUGGGGCAAAUAAUGGUGGUAAUGAAGCUUUUAUGAUUAUUUAUAACUCUCAAUUAACACCAUUACCAAAAGAAAAACAAGAUAAAUUCAUCGACCAAGUUGAUGUUUGUUCAACAAUUUGGCAACAUUUCGCAGGAAGUGGUGUAAGCUUACCAGCAGAAAAUAUUGGUAAAAUCGCCCCAACAACAAUAGAUAAAGAAAAGAUUUACUAUACUUUAAAAUUAAACGCAAAUCAAUUAAAUCGUUUUGGUAACCAUUGGAACUACAAACUAAAAGAGUCAUCAUAUAAUGAGGCUGUGGAAUCAAAGGAUAAAGAUAUCGACCAUUCAAUUGAACUUUUCACAAAAUAUAUCAACUCUUUAAAACUUCCAUUUUUAAAUCUCAAAAAGUUCCCAACUACCGAAGUUGUUAUGUUCCCACUUUCAAUUGGCUUAUUAGUUUAUAUGCUUUUAUCGAAACAAUAUGGUAGCUUCAAGAAUCUUCAACUCCAAUUCCGUUUAAACUUUGCUCAUGUCGUUAUACCAUAUCUCAUUAUAGUUGGCAUUACUGGUUUAUUCAGUGGCUUUUGGGUUCUUUAUUGGCACGAUGAUAAUGAAUCUAUUCAUAUUUUUGUUGCCUCAUUAUUAACAACUUUAGUAAUGAAUUAUUCAUCAACUGCAACAAAAAUCGAAAUAAAUACAAACAAAAUCAGUAUAAAUGGUGAUGAUUUACCACAAAGCAGUAAUGAUAAUAAUAAUAAUAACAAUAAUGAUAGAAGCGAAGAUUUUGAUAACGAAGAAAAUGAAGAAGAAGAAAUAGAUGAUUAUAUAGAAAUGAAGCCACAAUCCUCCAGUCACAGUAUAGAAAUUAAUCAUAAUAGUCCAUUAAAUAAUAAUCAUUUAAAUAAUGUAAUUAAUAGUGCAUUCUCUCCAUCACUUUCAUCAUCAGGAUCACAUAACUCAACUGUAGUUUCAGAAUUUAGCGAACUAACACAACCAUUAGCUUCAGAAUAUAGACCUCCAAACUCAUGGGUUUUAAUUUACUCUUUUUAUAUUUUCUUUAUGGCUGUAAAUUUAUUUUUGUUGACAAUUCCAUUAGAAGAUUUAUUAUUGGUUCACUUUUAUAAAGGUUCAUUUUUAAUUGCUUUUGUUUAUUUGAUGGUCGAAUUUUAUAUUCAAAUUAAAAAACUAAAGGCCCAUUAUGCAGAUAAAAACCAACCUAAGAAAGAAUAUUUUUAUUCAGUUUAUUUAAAAUUUAUCAUCUAUUCACUAGUAAUGAUUUCAAUUUAUUACUAUGACAAAGCAUGGAAGCAACAACAUAGCAUACGUUAUGAGUUAGCAUUUUUUGUAUAUUCAGUUAUAUUUAUUCAUUCAAUAGCAUUAUUAUUUAGCUCAAGAUAUUAUCAGUCCGAUAUAGUUUUACCAAUUUCAAUGCUUUUAUAUUAUUUAUCUAAUGAUAAAGAAAGAUUAUAUUUAGUUUUAUUUGUUAUACCACAGUUUUAUUGUAUCAGUAAUGUAUUUUAUUUCAAACUAUUCAAUGUAUUCCAACCAAUAUUAAAACAAUAUAGAAAAGCAUAUUCAACAUUAAGAACAAAUAAUUUGGAUGAAAGAAAGAUGAAGCAAAUCUUCAACUAUAGCUUAAAAGAUAUCAAUUUCUUUACAGGAAUAACAGAUCAUUUCUUACCAUUUGUAGUGUUAUUAAUGAUAAGUAUAGCAUUAUCAUGUUUCCAACUUAUGAAGAUGAAUUUCCAAAUAGGUGAUGUUGCAAUUUAUGUACCAGGUGUAUACGAUCCUCCAACCAAACCAAUCUUUUCUGGUAUUGUUAUGGGUGUUCAUAAAUUAGGUUACUUUUUCUUAUUGGGUGCUUUCUUAAUUAAACUUGCAAAUCCAUGUCCUCCUGCUCUAGUCUUAAAACAAUGGAAUAUUGGCAAUGGUAAAACUAUCUCAUUUGGCUACAAGUCUAAAAGCAAUGCAGAUUACAAUCGUAUCGUUGAAAGCCUAAAUACUCAAGUCUGGGGUUUCCUCAUGUUGCUUUUAUUAUGUGGUCUUUUCUUUUUCCAUUUAGGUUAUUAUAAUUUUAUGAUAACAAAAUCUUUUGUUUUCACCGUUACUCUUAGUGUGGUGGUAGUAUUCUAUGGGGUUUCUUUGGUUUGCUCUUCUUUAGGUGGAAUUUUUCAAAAUCUUUUCUACAAAUACAUUUUAAAAAAAUCAAUCAUUCAUCAUAGUUUACCAAAUUUAAAUUCAAGUUUCGAUCCAAACAAUUUCCAAUAUAAAAAAAUAAGUUAUAAUUAA